CGCCAACGUCCCCGAAACAGUUGAGCUCGCUGUCUGACUGCUGACGCCGACUGCUAGUCCAGACAGCUCUCGUCUACCCCCCGUAUUCCCACGCGCCUGUUAUACUCUUUUUGCUGGUGUCAAACUCAGGGUCUGGGUCGUCUCUCCUCACAUUGCGACGAAUACACCGCCAACGUCACACCAAUAGCCGUUUCAUUCCCAUCUAUACAACAUGUCUCAAGGUCAAGGCGAUAUUCAGGAGCGGAUCGCCGCCGCUCGUCGAGAAGCGGAGAGUUUGAAGGAAAAGAUCAGGGCAAAGAAGGAGUCGUCGGCGGAUACCAGCUUGCGUGCAAUGGCUGCCGAGGUUGAUGCACUCCCACGAAUUGUGAUGCGCCCAAGACGAGCUCUACGGGGCCAUCUCGCGAAGAUUUACGCCAUGCACUGGGCUGCCGACCGUCGCCAUCUCGUAUCUGCAUCACAGGACGGCAAACUCAUUGUCUGGGACGCUUACACCACGAACAAAGUCCAUGCUAUUCCCCUCCGGUCAAGUUGGGUCAUGACCUGCGCCUAUUCGCCGUCCGGCAACUUCGUUGCUUGCGGUGGUUUGGAUAACAUUUGCUCCAUCUAUAGUCUCAAGCAAGACGGAACCAACGCCAGGGGCGCCCGCGAAUUGAGCGCACAUUCAGGCUACCUUAGCUGCUGCCGUUUCAUCAACGACCGUCAAAUCGUUACCAGCUCUGGUGACAUGACUUGCAUGCUGUGGGAUAUCGAAGCCGGCGUCAGGGUGGUCGAAUUCAGCGACCAUACAGGUGACGUUAUGAGUCUGUCUCUCGCCCCCAAUAUGAACACCUUCGUCUCCGGCGCCUGCGAUGCUACCGCCAAACUUUGGGAUAUUCGAACUGGCAGAGCAACGCAAACUUUCACUGGGCACGAGUCCGAUAUUAACGCCGUAUCAUUCUUCCCCAACGGCGACGCGUUUGCCACCGGUUCCGACGACGCUUCUUGCCGCCUCUUCGAUAUCCGAGCCGACCGCGAACUCAAUACCUUCACUCACGACAAUAUUCUUUGCGGAAUCACGUCCGUCGCCUUCUCCAUCUCCGGUCGCAUUCUUUUCGGUGGUUAUGAUGACUGGACAUGCAACGUUUGGGAUACCCUCAAGGGCGAGCGCGUUGGUGUUUUGACUGGCCAUGAAAAUCGUGUCAGCUGCCUUGGCGUCAGCGUUGACGGAAUGGCUCUUUGCACUGGAAGUUGGGAUAGCACCCUCCGAGUCUGGGCAUAA